AUUCUGUUAUCGAUGUCUGGGCCACCACUAGUACCCAUUGGAUGCAAAAUGUCUUUUCUGAAAAGGUAAACAAAAUGUGCAAAUCGUGGCGAGUACAGCCAAAUUUUCGCAAAUCCGGAGCUCGAAGAAAACAGUUGGUAUUCGUGCAAUUAAGGAUAUAGAAACCCGGACUGCAUCCGCGUGAUAUAUCUGCGUGAACACGAGCUCGAGGCUGUUGCUCGCCAGCACAUGAAAAUCAAUAAUUGAAUCACAAAAUCAAAACACGGAUUCGCCCAGAUGCAAGCAGGCCCGCGAUAAAUUAUGCAAUUCUUGGAGCCAUUAACAACCCCCCUCCCCUUUCCCCAACCCACCGUUCUCGUUUUGGCCCCGUUUGCAGUUGAUGUAUUCAAAUUCAAAUGCUGAGCUCGAUUUUGGCCGUUGCCGUUGUUGUCACUACUGCCGUGCAUGUGCAUGUUGUUGUAAUUGGAGCAGGAAAUCGCGAUGGAGCAGGAAAUCGGCACCUGGGACUCGGUGCUGCUGGAGAACCUGUCCGAGGAUAGCUUCAUAAACAACAUCCACCAGCGUUACAAGCGCGAUCACAUAUAUACCUACAUUGGAACUUCUGUUGUGGCUCUGAAUCCAUAUCAUCACAUAUCCGAGCACUCGCUGUACAAUGUCCGCAACUAUGGCGACAAGGGCAUCUUCCAGCUGCCGCCCCACAUCUAUGGUCUCACAAAUCUGGCCUACCAGUCGCUUAAGGAUCAGAGCGAGGACCAGUGCAUACUGCUCACCGGCGAGAGUGGGUCGGGCAAGACGGAGACCUUCAAAAUGAUCGUGAACUUUCUGACCCACAUACAGGAUCGCUCGCACUGCCCCGCCACCCCGAAUGUCCUGCGAAAGCAAUCCUCGACCAGUUCGAACAGCGGGCUGGUGCCGCACGCCCACAGGCGCGCCUCCAGCAGCUGCUCCGGCACUGCCAACUUUAUUAUAUGCAAGAACAGGGCGGAAAAUCCGCCGGCCACUAUUUCGCGGCGACAGAGCCCCUCGCCAGGACCGUCGCAGCGUUCGCGGACGCGGGCUGAGAGCAUUGAGCGCCAGAGCAGGCGCCAUAUGCGCGAGAAGAUCGUCGACUUUGAUUUCUCGCACCACAAGAGCAGCGAGAACAUCAGCAGCCUGCUCGAAUCGCAUGCCCACCACUUGCACCCGACCAAGUCGUGCUUCAAGCACCAGCAGACCCAAGUAGGCGCCUGCACUGCCUUGCCCGCGGCUGCCAAGGGUUCGCCCAAGUAUGCUGUGCCCUCCGUCUACGGCGGCUGUCGCCAAUGCGGCCACAGCAAGUGCGUCCGUGCCCAGAGCCUGGAGAAAGAGGAGCGGGAUGAGCUGCGAGGCAGCACCUGCCGUUUGUCCACCAUAGCCAGCACCACCGCCGCCCACCCGGCUCAUCCACAUCGCGGCAGCUGCUCCAACCUGAUUCGCCAGCACUCAACUGAGAGCCAGCCGGAGCGGGAACGUGAUCGGGAUCGAAGCUCCCUAAUGGGCUCCACGCAACGUAUAUCGCUGUACGAUGCACACAAGCUGAGCAAGGUCUUGGGCGAUCUGCCGCCCCCGCCGCCCAGCUCCGUUUCACCCACGCCCUCGGCCAGCUCCUCGCUGCACAGGCGCCACAAGUCGCCAACGCAGAGGAUGCGCGAGUGCGUCACCUGUGCGGAUGUGUUCCUGGAGGCCAUGGGCAACGCCUGCACGCUGAAGAAUAACAAUUCCAGCCGAUAUGGAAAGUUAUUCGAUAUCGAAAUUGACUUUAAGGGCGAUCCGAUGGGCGUGCACAUAACCCACUAUAUGCUGGAAAAGACCCGUAUAACAGACACUGUCAUCGGAGAGCGAAAUUUUCACAUAUUUUACCAGUUACUAUUAGGGGCUGAUCUUCAGUUGCUAAAAGCGCUUAAGCUGUAUCGAAAUGUAGAGAAGUACGAGCUGCUGCGCAACACAACUGCCAUGGAGGAGGAUCGUAUGAAUUUUCAUUAUACCAAGCGAUCUUUGGAUGUAUUGGGCCUUAGCUGUGAGGAAAGCAACUCUAUUUUUCGGGUUAUCGCUGUUGUUCUUAAGUUGGGAAAUUUUAUUUUCGUACCUAUUACCAACAUUGAUGGUACCGAGGGUUGUCAGGUGUCCAAUGUUUACGAGGUUCAAGAGACAGCACAGCUCCUUAAUAUAGAAGCCCAAAUCCUGAUCAACUGUUUGACCAGAGCUAAUAGCUCGAACAGUGCUCAAGAGGAUGUGGGCUGUGAAAUGGAUGCCAGACAAGCGGCCACCAACCGAAACACCCUCUGUCGUACUCUCUACAGCCGCCUCUUCACCUGGCUGGUGAACAAAAUUAAUGAGUCCCUGAAAUCGACUCAGCGCGAAAAGAACCUGGCGUUGCUUGAUUUUUAUGGAUUCGAAGUGCUGGAGCACAACUCCUUUGAGCAGUUUGCCAUUAAUUACAGUGCGGAGAAGAUCCAUCAGAAUUUUGUGUUCCAUGUACUGCGCUCUGAGCAAGAACUAUAUAUCCGAGAAGGAUUGGAGUGGUCGCGGAUUGACUAUUUCGACAAUGAGUCAAUUUGUGAGCUGAUAGACAAGCCCAGCUACGGCAUCCUUAGCUUAAUCAACGAAUCCCAUCUAAAUAGUAACGAGGCUUUGCUUUUACGAGUUCAGCAGUGUUGUGCGGGGCAUCCAAACUUUAUGACCACCGGCAGUAACUCUAUGUGCUUUCAAAUACGUCACUUUGCGAGUGUGGUAAACUACUCAAUACAUCGGUUUCUUGAGAAGAAUUCAGACAUGCUGCCAAAGUACAUCAGUGCUGGCUUUUACCAGAGUAAACUCUCUCUAGUGCAGAGCCUAUUUCCCGAGGGAAAUCCCCGACGGCAGGCCACCAAGAAGCCCAGCACGCUAAGCUCGAACAUCCGAACACAGCUGCAGACGCUGCUGGCCAUCGCAAAGCACCGCCGCUCUCACUAUGUAUUCUGCAUCAAGCCCAACGAGGGCAAACAGCCGCACCAGUUUGAUAUGGCGCUGGUGCAGCACCAGGUGCGGUACAUGUCGCUCAUGCCGCUGGUCCACCUGUGCCGCACCGGCCACUGCUUCCACCUACUGCACGUCAAGUUCUUUCACCGUUACAAGCUGCUCAACAGCCUCACUUGGCCCCACUUCCACGGUGGCAGCCAGGUGGAGGGCAUCGCUCUGAUUAUACGCAACUUGCCGCUGCCUUCGGCGGAGUUCACGAUCGGCACCAAGAAUGUGUUCGUGCGCAGUCCGCGCACCGUUUUCGAGCUGGAGCAGUUCCGCCGCCUGCGGAUCAGCGAGCUGGCCGUGCUCAUCCAGAAGAUGUUUCGUAUGUACCAUGCGAGGAAGCGUUUUCAGCGAAUGCGGCGCAGUCAGAUGAUCAUCUCGAGCGCCUGGCGCACGUGGCGGGCCCGCGAGGAGUAUCGGUCCUUGAAGUACAAACGCCAGGUUAAAUGGGCCAUCGAAGUGAUAGGGCGUUACUACCGCCAGUGGAAGAUCCAGCAGUUCCUGCUGACUAUCCCCCUGCGUCUGCCCCCCAACACGUUGAGCCCGCUUUCUUCAGAAUGGCCAGCGGCUCCUGUUUUUCUGGCAGAUGCCUCGCGACAGUUGCGAUCCAUCUACCAUCGCUGGAAGUGCUAUGUCUACCGGAACUCGUUUGACCAGACAGCACGCAAUCGAAUGCGAGAGAAGGUCACAGCCAGUAUAAUCUUUAAGGACCGAAAAGCCUCCUAUGCACGAAGCGUGGGCCAUCCAUUUGUGGGCGACUAUGUGCGACUGCGCCACAACCAGCAGUGGAAGAAGAUCUGCGCCGAGACUAACGAUCAGUAUGUGGUCUUUGCAGAUAUAAUCAACAAAAUAGCGCGCUCCAGUGGAAAGUUUGUGCCCAUUUUGCUGGUAUUGUCCACCUCAUCGCUGCUGCUGUUGGAUCAGCGAACGCUGCAAAUCAAGUACAGAGUGCCUGCAUCGGAGAUUUACCGGAUGUCUCUGAGCCCCUACCUGGAUGACAUUGCUGUGUUCCACGUAAAGGCGUCUGAGUUUGGACGGAAAAAGGGAGACUUCGUGUUUCAAACGGGUCAUGUAAUUGAAAUCGUGACCAAAAUGUUUCUAGUCAUACAAAAUGCCACAGGCAAACCGCCGGAGAUACACAUAAGCACUGAAUUUGAAGCAAAUUUCGGCCAACAAACUGUCAUCUUCUCGUUCAAAUACGGCGGCAUGUCGGACCUAGCACAAGGCCCACCUAAGGUCACGCGCAAGGCGAACCGCAUGGAGAUAAUUGUGUGAUCUUCGGCAGAAUCGGAAACUAAUCGUGGCAGCUUGUUGAGUCUGCUGCUAUCAUCUUCUUCGCCUUAGGCAGAACUCGGGUUCGGCGGUCCGUAUCCAUUAUUCUCACCAGUCAUCAUGCGAUUGCAAUUACCAUUGCCCUCUGCUGUGGUUGGAGUCUCUCGACUUUUAUAUGGUCCCAGGGAUCAAAAUACAAUUUUAGCAAUAUAUUAACACACUCACACUCAAACAUACAUAGAAACACAAUUAAGUUUUGUUCACAAGUGACAAUCAGAGUAACCAAUUUGUUGUCAAGAUUGUGCCAAAAGAAGGAAACUAGAAAUGCCCCAAGGAGUAGAUGAGGAAAGAGCGAGCUAAUUUUAAACUGCACCGUCUUAUUUAACUUUGUAAAUGUAAAGUCAAAGCGAAAGAAACUAACGAAGUGAGCAACUGAAUUUACGCAUCUAAUUUGUCAACUAGGUUUAAGUGUAAGACAUGCACCAAGUCGAUUAGCAUUGCAACAAUAAGUAUGUACUGUAAGAAGGCACAGGAAGCGGCGCUGCUCGAAGGGAUCGGAAACAGGAGCAGGGGCGAAAUGCAGGUGCUGGAUGGGCAGAGUUGGAUUUUACACAAACUAUGAUAUUUCCGUUAUAGAAACCAAGGCAUUUCUCUUACAUUUAAGGUUUCAUACACAAUAAUUAGUGAACUAAUGCUAGAGAACAGACAUAUAAACCAAACCUCUUUAUAUACCGGAAACACAAAUGAAUCCAAUACAUGCAAUUUGCUGCGACUUAGCGAGAAAUACAACUUUUCCCAAAAAAAAAAAACAAAAAAUGUUAAACAACUAUUUACAAAGCAGAGCAGAAGAGUAGUUAAAUAUUUCAAAUAAAUAUAUAUAUAUGUAUACACCAUACGAAAUUAAUAAUGAGUCUAUAUAAAAGCGACAACAAGAAAAAACAGAAGUCAAGUUUGUUACAAGUUGAGAACGAAUGUAUGUAGUUGUUUAUAUAUAACUUGUUAUUGAUAGUUCGGACAUCUAACGUAAUUCAACCAGGAGCUGCGUUUUCCAAGCUCCAGCGAGUUCACAGUGAAUCUGCCACAUUCGAAUUCCAGCAGUUUUUAUUUGUAUUUAAGUUUUAAGCGAAAACUUCGAAAGAAAAGCCAAAUAUGAGUAAAUCGAAACCCAACCAGUUGGUAGUUUAUAAAACAAAGUUUAGCAAUAAUAAAACAUACACAUAGUUAA